CACCAGCAGCACUUCCAGCCGCCCCUGCCGCCGCCGCCGAUGCUGCAGCAGCAGCACCAGCAGCCGCAGCGCCCUCGCUCGCACACCGUCACCACCACCGCCAGCUCCUUCACGGCCAACUUCUCCUCCAGUUCCAGGACCCUCGCCUACGACAGGGAGUUCCUGAGGACUCCGCCCGGGAUCCUCAUGGUGCUGGAGAUUGUACUAGGGUUGCUGGUAUGGUCACUGGUUGCUGGAACAGAAUAUUUCCUGUACCCUUCCUUUGGCUGGGUGAUGUUUGUGGCUGUAUUUUAUUGGGUUCUUACCCUCUUCUUUUUAAUCAUCUACAUGACAAUGACUUACACCAGGAUUCCGCAGGUGCCAUGGACCACUGUGGGUCUGGGUUUUAACGGGAGUGCCUUUGUUUUGUACCUCAUCGCUGCCAUUGUAGAAGCAUCUGCCGUCACCAAAGCUCUGGGCAGCCACAACUACAACAGCUGGGCAGCUUCUUCAUUCUUUGCCUUUGUCGUCACAUUCUGCUAUGCUGGAAAUACCUAUUUUAGUUUUCUAUCGUGGCGAACACGGACCUUGCAAUGAAUAUUAUCUUGAAACAGAAAGAAAAACACAUAGG